AGAACUCAAGGGGUGGAGCCUCUAUCCUUUUACAGGAAACUACAAUCCUUUAAUGCGCCUGCGAGGCUCCCACGCCCUGGGAAAGGUUCCUAUCGAUUUGCUCUGUGCUCCGCAGCUCUUUCUGGCUGCAGGCAGCCAUCUUGCCUGGAGCUUGAGACAGGGAAGAGAGAAGGAAUUGGUGACACCGGGCUCAGGGCCGCCCCGGGGGCCUCGGGAGCCAGGGGCAGCCCCGGAGGUGGUCCUGGGUCCUGGGCAAUGCUCUAGGGUCACAAAAGGGAGGGGCAGAGGACAGAGGGCUUGAUGGGUGGAGAAUCAAACAAGAUUUGCUGGGUGGGGGAGGGGCGUUGCUGAGGCAACUGGAGAGGGCGGGGUCAUGUCUGAAUUGCUGCUGUGAGUCACCCGGAGUGCUGCCCAGGAAAGGCAGGGCUGGGGUGAUGACCAUGCUAAAGACCCAGUGGGAUUUCGCGACAUCACCUGUGUGGAGGGACUUCGUGUCUAUGGCAGCUGUCACCUGGUGGAAGGGGCGGAACUAGAUUUCCUCUGCCUGCGACGCCGGCAUUCCAAGCACUUGUCCUGCAGGCUCCCGCAGGCAGACGCAUCAUAGAAGGAAGCCAGGGAAUGGCCGCGGUGUGGCAGCAAGUCUUAGCAGUGGACGCGAGGUACAACGCCUACCGCACACCAACGUUUCCACAGUUUCGGACCCAGUAUAUCCGCCGGCGCAGCCAGCUGCUGCGGGAGAAUGCCAAGGCUGGGCACCCCCCAGCACUGCGUCGGCAGUACCUGAGGCUACGGGGCCAGCUAUUGGGCCAGCGCUACGGGCCACUCUCUGAGCCAGGCAGUGCUCGUGCCUAUAGCAACAGCAUUGUCCGCAGCAGCCGCACUACCCUUGACCGAAUGGAGGACUUUGAAGAUGACCCUCGAGCCCUGGGGGCCCGAGGACACCGCCGAUCUGUCAGCCGAGGCUCCUACCAGCUCCAGGCACAGAUGAAUCGUGCAGUCUAUGAGGACAGGCCUCCCGGCAGUGUGGUACCCACAUCGGUGGCAGAGGCAAGCCGGGCCAUGGCCGGGGACACAUCGUUGAGUGAAAACUAUGCCUUUGCAGGCAUGUACCAUGUUUUUGACCAGCACGUGGAUGAGGCAGUCCCAAGGGUGCGCUUCGCCAAUGAUGACCGACACCGCUUGGCCUGCUGUUCACUGGACGGCAGCAUCUCACUGUGCCAGCUGGUGCCUGCCCCACCCACUGUGCUCCAUGUGCUACGGGGCCACACGCGUGGUGUCUCUGACUUCGCCUGGUCCCUCUCCAAUGACAUCCUCGUGUCCACCUCCCUCGAUGCCACCAUGCGCAUCUGGGCCUCCGAGGACGGCCGCUGCAUCCGUGAGAUCCCUGACCCUGAUGGCGCUGAACUGCUGUGCUGCACCUUCCAGCCCGUCAACAACAACCUCACUGUGGUGGGGAAUGCCAAGCACAAUGUGCAUGUCAUGAACAUCUCCACAGGCAAGAAAGUGAAGGGUGGCUCCAGCAAACUGACAGGCCGUGUCCUUGCCCUGUCCUUUGAUGCCCCUGGCCGGCUUCUCUGGGCAGGUGAUGACCGCGGUAGUGUCUUCUCCUUUCUCUUUGACAUGGCCACAGGGAAGCUGACCAAAGCCAAGCGACUAGUGGUGCACGAGGGCAGCCCUGUCACCAGCAUCUCUGCCCGAUCCUGGGUCAGCCGGGAAGCGCGGGAUCCCUCACUGCUCAUCAAUGCCUGCCUCAACAAACUGCUGCUCUACAGAGUGGUGGACAAUGAAGGUACCCUGCAAUUGAAGAGAAGCUUCCCCAUUGAGCAGAGCUCACAUCCCGUGCGCAGUAUCUUCUGCCCCCUCAUGUCCUUCCGCCAGGGGGCCUGUGUGGUGACAGGCAGUGAGGAUAUGUGCGUUCACUUCUUUGAUGUGGAGCGGGCGGCCAAAGCUGCUGUCAACAAGCUGCAGGGCCACAGUGCGCCUGUGCUUGACGUCAGCUUCAACUGCGACGAGAGUCUGCUGGCUUCCAGUGACGCCAGUGGCAUGGUCAUCGUCUGGAGACGAGAGCAAAAGUAGGGUUCUGCCAGCCCUGCACAGCUCACUGUUCCCUCCUCUCUAGUCUUGUGUUGUAAAUAAAAUUUCUGUGGUUGUGUUGAGGGGCAACUCCCAGGUCUCUCCCACAAGGAGGCACUAGGGAGUACUGAGCCCUCCGGUUGAUUGGGGAUGGCUUCCUCAGUUGUGCAGUAAUGUGUUCAUCCAUUCAACAAGCCCUGAGUAUUUGCUGUGAUGUGUCACGUAGUUGUGCAGUCAGUAGACAGGAAUGAGAGUACCAACUGUGAUGUCAGGAACUGUUCUGAAAAGGAAGGAUACUGCUGUGGCCUCAACCAACAGAAAUCCUGCCCUUGUGGGCUUGCAUCCUAGGAGAGGCAAGCAUUCGGUAGACAAAGUACAGCCAUUCCUCGGAGUAUAAUUUGCUUUAUAAUUUUUCAACUUUUUGAUCUUACAGUGCUACAGAAUCACACACAUAUACCCAGUAUUGUUUUCUACUUUCAGUGUGGUGUUCAGUAAAUUACAUGAGCUAGUCAACAUUUUGUUAUAAAUUAGACUUUACAUUAGGUAAGUUUGCCUACCUGUAGAAUAAUGUCAGUGUUCUGAGUGCAUUGGAGGCAGGUGGGCUAAGCUAGGGUGUUUGGUAGGUUAGGCAUGUUAAUGCGUUUUCAAUUAAGACAGAUUCAUCCAGAAGCAUCUGUAUAAACGAGGAUAGUUAAAGAUGAGUGGCAUGAAGAAAAACAAAGGGAGGGAAGGAGACGAGGUUGCAGGAACGGGAGGAGUGGGAGCUUCUUUCAGCAAUGCUAUCAGGAGAAAUGUUCCUGACAGGAUGGUGUUUUAAAGAUCUGAAUGAAAUGAGGGAGGUAACAGAAUAUCCUCAACAGAAAGAGGCACUGAGACUGGAGUGUCAGAGGAUGACCAAGCCGAGUGUGAUAGGUGACAUUAGACAGGGCUUUAGGGCUUCUUGGACCGUGGUGAGGAGCUUGACUUUUCCUGAUCCUGAGUGAGGGAGGUUGGAGUGAGGAGUCAGACAGCCAUAGAGAAAUUAGGAGAGGAAUGUUGAGUUCAACCGCAGCGGCUUCAUCAGAUUAGGUUAUAAAACUUCCCAAGAUGACAGCUUCUGUGCGGGUGGGCCCCACACUUACCUGUGGCCCACAAACAGGAAGUAGAAGUGUUGAGUUCUUUGAGUUCUAGGUUGGCACGCAGGCACCCAUGGACUCGGGCUGAGCUACAGCCCCUGAGGAAGAAAUAGAAAAUCUGUAAGUUCACCCCUAUCUCCUCCCAUGUCCCUCCAGGGCCCCAAUUUAAGCCCUGGACCAGGUCAGAGACCAAAUGCUAAUCUCUAAUAUUGGGUAUUAGCAAGGAAAUAAGUUCCAGACUUAUUGUCCAUGAUUAGAAUCAUGAAGAAUUUUCAGUUUGAAGAAUCACUAGGAGCUCUUAGAGCUAGCUCAUCCUCCCAGAUUCAUAUGCUGCUACUUUUGCAUCAGGUGGAACUGCAGCUAACAUCUUGGGACCUCAGUCACCAACCUAGUAGCACAGUGUUGCUGAGCUGUGGAACUAGCAGCAGAUCUUUGAUGGAAGGAGAUAAUUCCUUGUUUGUUUAAUCUGUUUAUUAGUGUGAUCACUUGUAGCCAAAAGCAUGUCUGGCUCCAUCAGUCAGAUCUUAGGCAAAUGGUUAUGAGAUAAGGAUAUCUAAGUGAGCUGGACUGGCCAUGUUGUGUCAAAGUCGUGGAAGUGUGCCAACAUUCCUAAUCCAGCUUCAGGGUCAGUGAUUUCCUAUGAGGACUGUACAGUACAGCUGAAAGAUACAGGGAAGUGUAGCAGACACCAAUUAAAUGCUGAUCUUUAAAGGGACCCUCCCAAGACUAGCAGUUCAGAACUGUGCUAACUCUUUCCUGUACCAGACAGAUUCACGGCUUCAACCAAGCUCUAUAGGUAGCAAGAUAAUUGGGGGAAAUACAAGUUUUCUCUAACUUCUGUUUCUUCAUGUUCUUCAUUUCCUUUAAUGAGUCUGGUUUCUGGGUGAUUAAUGAUGAAUUUUGUUUGCAUGAUUUUGGGGGUUUCCUCCUUGUAAAAUUUUUGAGGUGGCAGAGUUGACAUUCCACUUUAAAGUCCUCUUGGUGGCACUUUUGACUCACAACCUAAAGGAAACUAAGCACUGAGUAAACAAGGAAGAAUAAAAAUAAUGUUA